CUGUUUGUAUACAGAAACCCUACUACCCCGAGACAAAUGCAUUUACACGAAUUACAGAAUAUAUCAAGCCACAGAAGCAACUGAACUGUCCAGAAUUAGUGCCGUCAAGUAGCUAGAAAUAAAUGUAAGGGAGCGCAAAGAGAUCAGUUGGUUUUUACAAGCUCACGACGAAGAUAUUGGAUCUUGGAUUCACCGUUCAGUUCUACGAGAGCGGCUCUUACUAUUUCUUGCGCUACUAUUAUGCUAAGCUUUUUGGGUCUUGGUCAAAGUGUUGAUAUUAAAAUAAACUUGCAAGAUGAGGAGCAUAGAAAAAAGGAGGAACUCAGGAAUGAAGAUGGUCAAAUCCACUCACUUCCUGUUUAUUAUGAUGGUGAAAACGUUUGUGGAUCUGUAAAUGUUAUUUUAAAAAGAGGUGGAAAACUAGAACAUCAAGGAAUAAAAAUCGAAUUUAUUGGUCAAAUUGAAUUGUAUACAGAUCGUGGAAACCGCGAAGAGUUUAUUGCUCUUUGUCAAGAUCUAGCACGUCCUGGAAUACUUUCUCAUUCAACAAGUUAUCCAUUCGAGUUCCUACGGAUUGAAAAACCCUACGAGUCAUACUGUGGAACGAAUGUCCGUCUAAGGUAUUUUUUGCGAGUUACUAUUCAAAAAAGAAUUGCUGAUAUCACAAAAGAAUAUGAAAUCAUUGUACAUUCUACGAUGAGAUGUUCCGAAACGAGUGACAGCAUUCAAAUGGAAGUUGGGAUAGAAGAUAGUUUACACAUUGAAUUCGAGUACAAUAAGUCAAAAUACCAUUUACAAGAUGUUAUUAUUGGUAAGAUCUACUUCCUACUGGUUAGAGUUAAAAUAAAAAAUAUGGAGAUACAAAUAUUGAAGCGUGAGACCAUUGGUGCAGGACCUACUGCUUUUACGGAAACUGAUACUGUUGGGAAAUAUGAGAUAAUGGAUGGUGCACCAGUACGCGGCGAAUCAAUUCCCAUCAGACUGUUUUUACAUGUUUAUGGCUUGAGUCCCACUAUGCGUGAUGUUUAUCGCAAAUUUUCUGUGAGGUAUUUCCUGAACUUAGUACUGUUAGAUGAAGAGGAUCGGCGAUAUUACAAGCAACAAGAAAUUAUAUUGUACAGAAAAUCCGAUCGCCGACUCAAGAAUUAUGUGCAACAGAUUACAGACAAAGGACUUGAAACUAACGGAAACGGGGUCAAAGAGAAAGGAGAAGCCCACACUGAUAACAAAAUGCAUGAACAAACAGAUCUCGAAGCUUCUGUAAAGGGUUUAGAAUCAAACAGUGUAUGUUCCGACCUCUCCACUGGUGAACAUGAAGAUGAUAAUGCAGAUUGUUCUAAAUUAUUCAGUAAUCCUGCUUCUACUGGCAGCGAAUGUGAGAUAAAUAGACUUGCUGAUGACGAAGAGGACAAUGAUAGUUGUGAUUCUUUUUCCCCCCAUACACGUGCAGCCAGAAGUAUGCACCGUUAUGAACCUAAACAGGUUCAUAAGCACACAGAAUCAUCAACCAUUGAUGACCUUCCAAACGAAUCAUCUGUGACUGUUUCUAGUGCAUCAGUUACGCAAAAUUCGAAGUAAGAAGAUAUUUUAUACUUAACAUGUUCAUUCCAUGUUAAAUUUUGCUUGCUAAAGUCAAUCCUAGUCAAAAUUAUUCCGGUAGACUUUUAAAAAUCAAAAAAUGCUGUGAUACGCUAGAUGUUAAUUCAUCAUUUGCAUUUCUGUUGUUUAAUCAAAGUUGAAUGAACCGACUGUAACUUAUUCAUAAUAUAUCUUUCGCUACAUAAAAUAAUUCGUUUGCUAUGUUUAGUUUAUGAGCAGAUACCUAAUAUUGAAAUCAGUGUUGAUUGUGCUGAAUUUCGCGUUCUCGUUAUUAUUGAUCAGUAUUCACAACUCCUAUUACUAACCUUUAAAGGGAAUGUUAAUUAAUUUACUUUAAUUUUGUUCAUAUUUUUUAAAUUUCACAUAAAACAAUAAAUUGAUUUCAACAAU